CAAAUUUCCACACGUGAAUUGGUACGACGGCAGUCUUGAAUGUACUUGGGAGACGAUAUUCAGACUUUCUGUUUUCACGUCGACUGAGCCUACUCCGAUUUCGUAAUUUAGACAUACGGUUUUGUCUGCGCCAAUUCUGUCGGUGCUUGUGCUGCCGGCGGCCUCAGAGUUCACUGCCAUUCGUCACGCAGCAGACUGAUCUGGGUGUCUUGAUCAAUGGCUCGAGCGUCCAUGGCUGUGACGCUUUUUACUCUCCUCCUCCUCUCUGAGUCGUAUUCGUCUCGAGCCGGCUCAUGCGAGCAGUGCGUUGUAUAUCCGUACAAGGAUAGCUACGGUCACGACCUCAUUUCCAGUAUAGAUACCCUCCCCGCCGAGUGCGCGGACUUGUGCUACAUUACAAGUUCUUGCGUCGGUUUUGUGAUGUCUGCGUCGCGUGAUUGUUGGCUUAAGCACACGUUUCAGACGGCAGACAAUCUUACAGACAAUGGUCAAAAAAUUUCUGUAAGGGCAGCAGGGUCCACAAACUGUCAGGGGCUCUUUACCAUCUAGUCCGUUUGAACUCCAACUUCCAGGAGAGUGAUGUGGAUUUCGCACACACGAUAUGAACAGCAGCUUUAAUAUGGUGCAUUUGCAAGUACGAGUACUUGCCAAUGCGCGAGUCACAUAGUGGACUCUGUGGUUCAGCUGAGUGGGAUCUCUGUGUAGAAAAUCUCAGAUUAGAUCGUUCUCUUGCCACAGAGACAGAGUGGAUUGCAGUAGGAACACGUCGGAGAUCAGACUAGGCAUUUCCAGGAUGCUAUAGGGUAUAAGUAAAUCUCAGGUGUAUCCGAACUAUCCACAAUGGACUGCAGUGUGCUGCCCUUCCCUGUCUUGCAAUACUAUGUUAAAUCAGAAUUUAAAAAAAAAAGAGUUGUUGAUAACCUCUACUGCC